GCCAAAGCCUCCACCACAAAUGACGCCGGUGCAGUGUGUUGGUAGCUCAGUCGCUCAGCGGCACUCUCAGAUGAAGGUACGGUUAGGAACACAUGCUGUUGAGAUAGAUGUUUCCACCCUGUUUGGCAGGGUGCUGUCCUGUGGGAUGGAUGACACCCAAGAGCAGGACCACUACGAGGAGCGCCUAAAAGAAGUUUUUAACAGUUUUGACGCCAGCGGCUCUGGCUCACUGUGCCCGGAGGAACUCUCUGACCUCUGCCAGUCCCUGCACCUGGAUGAUGCCACACCAGCUCUUCUCCGUACACUGCUUCAGAACCAGGACCGCCUCACUUCCAGGGUUGACUUUGACCAAUUCAAGAAUGCACUGAUUCUGGUAUUGUCAUCAACUGUUGAGCCACCACAAGCAGAACAGGAGACCUUGUCAAAACCAGAUUCUCCUGAGAUCCAACCAAAGUUUGUGAAGGGUAGUAAACGCUAUGGCCGCCGCUCAACACCAGAGUUCAUGGAGGCUAUUUCAGACUUGUCUGAAGUUAGAAAUGCAAACCCGGUGGAGGAGGAGGAUCUGGAGGACAACUAUGACUCAGCUGUUCCCAGGAAGCGUGAGCGCUGGAAUGCUCACGAAACAAGCACAGAGGAGUAUGAGGCAGAAGGCCAGAUGCAUUUCUGGAACCCGGAUGAGCCAAGCACCCCUCGGGGAUCCCUCAUUCCUCUGUCGACCUGUUUAGAGGAGAGACUGCGUGAAGCCUGUGACGAACUGGCAAUAUCAUGGGACGGAUGUGCCGGUCACACUGAACUGCUUGCUCUCUGUGAACACCUGGGCCUGGAGAUAAAUGUGGAUGUGCUCCAGAGUCUAACCAGCGAUGGAGUGAUGAAUGUUCAGGAGUUUGUUUCCAGGGCUGUAAACAACAAACCCCCCACACCGUCCGCCUCCACACCCUACAGACAGCUUAAACGACACCACUCCACUCAGCCCUUUGAUGAGGGAGGCCGUAGGAUAGCCACUCCUUCUGCCCUGACCAGCACCAUCGGCAUGCGUCUCUUCUCCACCCUUGAUGAUGGUACCGGUUUCACUCCAGUCGAAUACAUCCUGGAUGCCUGGAUGGAUGAGGGAAUAGAAAACAGCACUGAGAUCCUGCAGGCUUUGAAUUUCAGCCUAGAUGGAAAAUUGAGUCUUAGUGAUCUCACCAUGGCACUUGAAAAUGAGCUACUCGUUACUAAGAAUGGGAUUCACCAAGCGGCACUGGCGAGCUUCAGAGCUGAGAUCAGAUAUCUCCUAGAGCGUGUAGACCGAGAACUCAGGGAGAAAGAGAAAAUCCAAUCUGACCUGGAAAAAGCAGAGAAACUAAAAACUCAGCUCGCCACUGAGGUGGAUGAGCAUCACUCUGCGAUAGAGCACACGCAUAACCUCAAUCUCAGGAAGCUUGAACAGGACCACAAAGAGAAGCUAGCAGCAGUACGAUCAGAGCUGAUGAAGGAGAUGGACCAGAUCCAGCAGCAGGCCGGCCUGCAGCGUGAGGAACUGGAAGCAGAGGUCAGGAAGAUCAGGGAGGAUGAAUCUUUUCUCAGAGACCACCUCUCCAUCUCUGUGAAGGAAAACCGACGUCUUGAAAUGGAGUUGCUGGACAGUGCCGAAAAACUUGUGGAGGCACAAAGCCAAAUUACAAAACUCCAGACAAGUUUGGACAACGUUAUGAAAGAAAGGUUUGGAGGCCUGGACCCUGGCAGUGCAGACUUCUUCCUCCAAGAGGAACGUAUUAAAGAACUACGCAGCAGCUACGAAGCUCAGUGCAGGGAACUGCAGGAUCGUAUUGACGAGCUGCAGUCAGAGUUGCAGGAGUUCCACAGUCUUGGACGAGUUCAUCAGCCCUGCCACAAACCUCUCUCUGAAGAGCUGGAGAGUAAAAGCCCUGGCAUGGAGUCUGAUCCAGGUAUCGGUUCAGAGGAGGUUCAGCCGUUCAGCAUGAGCCUUGAGGCAGAGAUGAUGAUGGAGCAGCUGAAGGAGCAGCACCUUCAGGAAAUGGAGGAUUUGCAAAACCAGCUAGAAAGCAAGAUUAAUGAAUUUGACAAGAUGGUAGAAAAACAAAGGGUGACCCAUGAGGACCAGAAGGCUGCCUUAGCCCUCCAGUACCAGCAGGAGGUCCGGGCUUUGAGGGAGGAGAUGGCCAGCAUUCAGAGCCACGCACAGGAGCUCCAGAGCCAGCUAGAACAGGCGGAGCUGGAGCAGAUGCAGGCCAAGGAGAGGGAAGAGCUUGAGAAUCUGCAAGAGGAGGAAGUGGAAACUCUCAGACAACAACUGCUAGAGGCCCACACCUACACUGCAGACCUGGAGGAGCAGCUGAAGACCCUCGAAGCCCAGCAGGCAGAGAUGGAUGAAAACUUUGUUAAUGAUAUGGAGGAGCUGAGGAAACAACAUGCUAUUGAUAUUAAGAAAUUGGAGGAGGAGCAUGUAGAACUUUUUGAAGCCAGACUGGAAGUGGAGAGAGAGAAAAUGCAGGAAGAAAAGGCUGAGUUGGAGAAGAGAGUGUUAGAUGAUUGGGAACAGGAGAAGAAACAAUUACAACAAAGUCAUGAGGAUGAACUGAAGGCCAGAUUAGAGGAGGUGAAGGUGAGGUUUGAGGAAGAGCGUGAUGAGAUUGUGCAGAGACUGACAGAACAGUGUCAGAAAGAGAGGGCUCAGCUGGAUGAAAGGAAUAAUGAGUCUCUGCAGGUGCUGCUGGAGGAAGAGAUGUUGAGACUUGUCAGGGAACAAGAGGAGAAGGAGAGCAAGCUCAGGGAGCAGUGGGAGAGUGAACGAGCCCAGCUUCAGGAGCGUCAGGAGGAGGCUCUGCUCAAUAGAGUACUGCAAGAAAGGUUGCACUUACAAGAGCAGUUUGAGCAGAGGGAGAAAAGGCUGAAGGAGGAGUGGGAGAGGGAGAGACUGCAACUGGAGGAGGAUUACGAAGGAAUGCUCCAGGAUAGGCUGGCUGAAGAGAGGGAGAAGCUUGAGACUGAGACAGAGGAGGUGGAGAAGAGACUAGAAUGCUUAAUGGCAGAGGAGAGGGUUCAUCUAGAGGAGAGCCACCGGGAGGCCAUCAAGGAGCUGACUGUCAAGCACAUUGGCGAGAGGGAAGCUCUCAGCAGCAUGUUGGAUAAACUACGAGAUGACAUCGCUCAGGAGAGGAGAGAAAUCGAGAUCAGCUUCUCCCAGAGAAUCAAGGAAGUGGAAGAUCGUUUCUCAGGUGAUCAAGAAUCUGUUGCAGUGCGCUUUCAGGCUGAUGUUUUGAAACUUGAACAGCACUACCAAACCGAGCUGAAGGCCCUUUCUGAAAGCUAUGUUGAGCAGAAGCUCCACUGGGAGGCACAGAUACAGGAGGCCCUUGAGAACAUUGAGGAACAAAGAAGAAUGACAGAGGAGGCCAUGGAGCAAGAACGAGAGAGCCUGAAUCAAGAUUGGAAAAAAGAACGACAUGAGCUAGAAAGUCUUCAUAAAGAGGAAGUGGAAGAACUUGUCAUGAAAAACCAGCAACUCCAAAAUGAACUAGAUGACUUCAUCAGUAUGGCUCAGACUAAAGAGAUAGAGCUGAGUAAGCAGCUGAAUGACCUCCAUAACCGACUUCAGGAAAGCCUGAAAACCAAAGACGAGCUUUUUGCUCAGUCUGAGAAGAAAGCGCUUGAGACUGAGCUCCUGCUAAAUCAAACAGUUGACGAUUUUAAACAGGAGAGGGCAGAAGUUCUGAGCAGCCAGUCACAACUUGAGGCAAAAUACAACGAGAUGCUUUCCAUUUCUGAGAGGCAGACUACUGAGAGGAUUGAACUGUUAACGGAGUGCGAUGAUUUGAAGUUGAAGAUUGAGGAGCUGGAGAUGCUGCUUAAACAGGCAGCAGUUGACUUUGAGCAUGAGAGGAAGGAGCAACAGGAACAUAUAUCCAUUCUUGAGGAAAAGUUAAAGGAUCUAGAGAAUGACAGAAAAGAAUUUAUAGCAGAAAGAGAUAUGCUUAAAAUUAAGGAGCUAGAGAUGGAGUUCAAUCAGGUUUUGUCUUCUGCAGAAAAGGCUAAGGAAGAAGAAAUGGAAGAAUCAAAUGAAAUAAACACUUUUAUGGAGGAGACGCUAAACACCAGAGAAUGUAUUUCUUUCCCUGAAACAUAUUUGGCACCUACUGAAAUCUGUCUCAAUAAUGAUGUUAUUCUUGCCAAUUCCUCUAAUCAGGAACUUGUUUGUUUGUCACAAUUUCUGGUUGAGCAAGAUGUUAAUGUAGUGACUCUAACGGAGGCCGACAAUGCAGUGGAUGGAGCAUCAGAUGUAUAUGAUGAAAAGGUCCCUGCUACCAGUGAUGAUCAAGUAGACAACAUGCCUAAAGUAAAGACGGAUGCCACUGAAAACGAAGAACAUGAUGGUCAAAUUUUUGUGAUUGAGAAUAUAGACACAUGGCCUGAAAGCUCCAAUGUUUUUGGUGAGGAAUGUCACAAUGAAGUUGUUGCUGUUCCAGAAGAAUCAAAAAUUGGAGAUUCAAGGUCUGAGGAAGAUGGAGACCCCAAAGUCAGCUGUUGUUGUGCAAAAAUUGGACACGAAGACCCUGAAUCGACAUGCUGUGAUGGCCAGAACACACAUUGUCCAGUUCUAGAUGAAAAUCAUUCAAAAGUUGAAUCCAAAAACGAAGCUGUUUCUCCAGAGACGCAGUGUGAGGCGGUCUCAUCCCUUGGGGCGUUUGAAGGUGUAGAUGCGAAUGAAGAUGCAACAGAUGGUGAGAAUAAAGUCGCUCUUGAAUCAUGUGAGGCGGAGAACAAACCUCAGGAUGUACCACCUUUGGUCAAUGAAAGCACUUCCCAUGAAGAUGAACCAUGUCAUGAGACUGUGGUGGAUCCCUCAGUGCUGGAGGAGACAAGUGACCCUGAUGAACUGUGUCUGGUGGGCGCUGAGGUUUCUUGUUUACCAGAUAACUCUCAUGACCAUAGACAGGAAGUUGAACUUGUUUCAGACUGUGAAUAUUUAACCACUAAAAUGAAGAAUGAAUGCACACAUGACUGUCUGGAAACUCUGGAUGAAGAUGCUGAUUACGAGGACAGGGAAUAUUCUCUCCUUAAACUACAGGCUUUGUAUAACACUGCCACAGAGGAGAACAUCCUCCUUCAUGAGAAGAUUUCUUUGCUUCAACAGAAGUCAGCAAUACUAGAGAAUCUUCUCGCUCAUAACAGUGAAAAAAUCAAAACUGGCCACCAGGUACUGGAGGAAAACUAUAGCCUCAAAGUUAAAGUGCUACUUUUAAUGGAGCAUGUCAAAGAGCUUGAGAUAAAGGCCUUAAAGAUGACAGAUCUUCAGAUCAGAUAUGAAGAUUGCAUGUGUGAAAAUGCCAAACUGAAGGACCAAAACAGUGAACUUGAAAAGAGAGUUUGGAGCUUUGAAAGCAGGAUGAAUUUUUUUCAUGAUUUUCAAGAUGAGCAGAUUUCACUGGGGGAUGAGCUCGGCAGGAUGAGAGAUGAGAACAGUAAGCUCUCUGAGUUGUUCAGUGACUUGGAGAGGCAGGGUGAGAUUCUUUCAGCCAUGCACCCAGAUGCUGGCCAAUCGGAGAGCCCCACAGAGGAGUCUCUCCUGGAUCUGACCAGUCAGCUGGAGGUUAAAGUUCAGGCAGUGACCGAUCUGGAGGACUGCUGUGAGGAGUUUGAGAAGCAGAACACAGAACUUCGCAGAGCCAUCACAGAGCUACAGGACAAGUCGCAGAUGUUAAAUGAAACAACACAGGCUCAUAGAUCUGAGGCCAGUCGUCUGGCUGAAGAAAACCUCGUCCUCAGGCAAAAGCUUGCUACGUUGAAGGAAGAGGACUUGAAAGAGGCCCAGGAAGAGUUGAUACAAACAUUGGAGAACUUAAAAAAAGGGAAGAUUGCAGCUCAAAAGGCAGCAGAGAAUUUCAAGAAACAGAUUUCAGAGCUGCAUUUGCAGAGCCAGCAACUAGAGGAUGAGAAUGGGAUGCUGUCAAAGAAAAAUGCCCAAAAUAUUGCUGAUGUGGAGAAUCUACGACAGCAGCUGGCAGAGCUGAUAAAGGAAAAUGAAAGGAGGGAGGCGUUACCCUCUGAAGAGAAAAACAAGCUGGCAGCUUGUGUGUCUGCUCUGGAGGCAGAGCUGACCAAAGCUCUGGAGGACACUGCACAGCUGGAGGAGAGGAAUAACCAGCUGUCACAGGAGCUCUCUGGCCUCAGAGAGAAGGCGGUCAAAGUCGACUCCAUGGAGAGUCAGCUCAGCCACCUCGUAGAGGAGCGGAAGAGUGUGGAUAAGGAGACUCAGGGCCUCCGCAACCAGCUAGCCAAAGCUGAAGAGAGGGCCAAGACGGUGGAUGAAAUUCUUCAGGCUGUGAACCUUCAAAGUGCUCGUCUUAAGUCAGACGUCCGUGUUUUGCAGCAGGAGAGGGAUUCCCUCAAACAUGACGUUGCAGUGCUACACACACAGCUGCAAAAUGUCAAUGAAAAAAACCAUGUUUUGGAGAUGGCCUUGCACUCGAGUGGUCUCCAGAAUCAGAGCAAGAAGCUGUACAGAGGUGAGAUGUCUCGGCUGAUGGAGCAGGAUCAGCAACUACUGAGGCAGGAAAACGAUAGGCUUCAGGCAGAAGUGUGCAACAUCAAAGGAGACCUUGUGCAGUCCAGAGAGAAGAUCCGUCAGCUUGAUGCUACCAUCCUGUCCCUGAAGCAGCACAAACCGCAGAGUCAGUCCUCCCUGGUGAAAGCCUUGGAACAGGAGAACGCCUCUCUGAAGCAGGAGCUCGAGGCCCAAAAGGAGCUCACUAAGGGCCAUGAAGCAGGACAAGGACUCACAGAGCUGGAGAGCCUUCAACAAGAAAAUGAGGUACUCAGGACCCAAAUGGCUCGACUUUCUACACAGCUGCUAGAGUCAUUUCAGGCUCAGUUGGUCGGACUUCUGCCUCCAUCACCUCACAGGAUUCCCAGGGGACAGCAUCGUGGCGAAGAUCCGGACAACAUGCAGGAUGAAAGGGAGAGGAAGAUGAAGAAUAUGGAGGAGCGAAUGAGGGAAAUCGAACUGUCGCUGCGUAACGUCAAACUGCUGCUCAAAGAGAAGGUUGCUCAGCUGAAAGACCAGCUGCAUAAGAAUGGCAAAGCAGAUGUGUUAAUCAAAGACCUGUAUGUGGAGAACGCCCAGCUACUGGAAGUUUUGGAGAUAACUGAGCAGCGGCAGAAAAUCGCAGAGAAGAAGAACUACCUACUGGAAGAGAAGAUCUCCAGCCUUAACAAGAUAGUGCGUGACCUGAACCCCUCGCCCCUUCCCUCGCUACCUUACCACUAUAAAUGCUCAUAAUGUAUCACCUAAAGGUAAUCGGCACAUUAACAGCAUUUGCCAUGCCAAAUGCAAGUGUCCAAAGUCAACCAUAAACUGCACUGUUUAUUUUCUGAAAAGUCUUUUUACUUGUCUUUUUUAAAAAUAUAUUUUUCAUUGCUUGAGCCUUUUGUGCAACACAUGCAGCCAAAUGCACAAGAAAACUGCCUUUUUCCGUUGCAUUAUCUUAAGCCUAAAUUUCACUGUUUAAAUAUGCAGUAUUUUUAUUUGUUCAUUUUAUUAUUUAAGCAGUAAUUACCUUAUGUUGUGUUGGACCUAUGAAGAACCAAAUAUGAGGUCAGACUGUAAAGAAAACAUUCUAUUUUACAGUAAUUUAUCAUUUUAUAAAGUAGUUUUCAGAGCAGUAGCUGUUGCUAGUGAAUUAGUAGAUAUUUUGCCAUGACACUAUUUCUCUUUCGAAAGAGAAAAGCAAUACUGAAGUGCACUUUUUAUUUAAGUGUUCUUUUGUCUAUGUUGAGAAUGAGAUUAACUGUGUACAUCUGUCUUCUUUCCUUCUCAAGCCCUUAAACAAACCUGUCGGUAGUAAAAUCAUGUAAACAGAAAAGUUAAAUAAUCUGGUGACCUUUUUCAAGGUAUUUGCUUUUCUGUAACACUACCUGAAGUUACAUUCACUUUUAAAUGAAUGUCAAGUGUUAAUACUUGCUAUUUAAAUACAUCUGAAUUAAAAUCCUAUAAACUGUUGCAAUAUGUAAAGUUUCAUGUGUAAAAACUGUGCCAUUAUGAAUGUUUUUGUUUCAAAUGAAGGAGCUUUGUAAUUGCUGCAGCAUAAGCACUAAAGUUGGAAACAGGGUAAUGUUUUGUGUUACAGGUAUAAAUAAAAUACAUGGAUUGUG